AUGCAGUGUAUUACACUCAGCGUAUGGAUAUCGCGCGUGUAUCCUCCAGAAUUGAGAAAGCAAGCCGAAGCGCACAAAUACUGGUUCUACCUAUUCAACGUCAUCCAGUCCCACUUGGAGCAGACAGAAGAUACGCAUGACGUAUCUUGCGCGCGCAUCGUUAACGUGCUACGGGAGUUCAUGGAGCGGUCGAGUUUGGCCGAGUUUGAUGUCCGUUUGGACAUUAUUUACUCGUUCCAUUGUCAGCUGGUGCAUUUGGAGUCACAUGACAGGCGAGAUGAACUCCUAGCCAUUCUCUGGAACACCUACAACUACUACGCACAGUUCAGAGCGCAAGUGGCCGCGCAUAUAAAAGAGAAGCGAGCGCCAAUAGAGAAGAAACUCCGAGACUUCGUCAAGAUAUGCUCCUGGGAUCGAGACCUGAGCUACUGGAGCGUGAAGGAUACAGUUGACAAAGCGCACAAAGCUUUGCACAAACACACCAAGGAGUUUGAGAACAUUCUCAAAGAGAGUGUGUCCAGUUGUCUAGUGGACAACAGUACCGACAGCGGGGCGGAUCACGUGGGAAUAUGGGACCGCCCCAAACGGACCACCGGGGCCGCCGCGCCCGCAGGCGGGGCUUACAUGAUCGACCCGCAAAACUUUGUGCUGUUGACGCGAAAUGUGAAGGGUAAAAAGUUCUUACAAAGCUCCCUCGAUAGAAAAUACUACUCGGCUCAACACUACCCGCUGAUCGAUAUGUCGGGCGACCUAUCCGACGAGCGGUCGGCUGGAGGGAAAUUGGCCAGAUGA